ACGCUGCAAAACAAUAUCCAAACACUACCUCAAAAGUUGCAUUAGACGUGACAUAACAACAUCCUGAGACUCUUCUUGUGAUCAGCUGAGUCUUCGGGAACUGUAGAAGGAUGAGUGACGUGAUGGUGAAGGCGUAUGGCAGCUCACAACUCUUCGUCAGGUUGUGGUCAGGAUGCUUCUACAAAUACGGAGAUCCUGCUCAUCCAAGCCAUCAGUAUCUUCAGGUCCUGCAGGCUUACUAGUGAAGAACAGCAGCAAUCUUCCCUCCAACAUGAUGACUGGUAGCCUGUUCUUGCAAGUGGCGGUGGCGGCGGCUGUGGCGAGUGUACUGCUUCUGGGAGGGGUAUCAUGCUCACCCUUCCCGACCUACAACGCCCCAAUCCCAAUUCUGACGGACGUGCGCAGCCAGGACGAUUAUGGGGGUUACGCCUUCGAGUACAGCACCGGGAACGGCAUCGGGAGGAAGGAACAGGGACGGCAGAGCUACGGGCAGACCAGUGAGGGAGGCUGGAGCUACACCUCCCCUGACGGCGUCCCAGUCGACAUCACCUUCGUGGCAGGCAAGGGCGGGUACCAGCCAACAGGAGCGGUCAUACCCACUCCCCCGGCGCUGCCCUACGCCCGGAGUCAGCGUUUCUAGGCCCCCCUCCAUCCCCCCCCCCACCCUGGCAGCGUAUACCACCUCGCCCACUCCCUCUUGAAACAAUACCCUGAUUGAUACUUGUCCGAUUCGUUGUUUGUUUGCUUUUGUUUGUUUGUUUGGUGCCCACUUUUGUUUUACUUUAUUUGUUGUUGUUUCGUCUACAUUUUUUUUUUGCCUUUUUUUCCUCUUAUACAAGUUGCCCUUUUAUCUUAUUUUACUCCAUUCUCCACUAGAGGCUGCUUUGUUAUGCUUUCUCUCUCUCUCUCUCUCUCUCUCUCUCUCUCUCUCUCUCUCUCUCUCUCUCUCUCUCUCUCUCUCUCUCUCUCUCUCUCUCUC